GCUUACUGGGAUUUGGGCGCAGCAAUCGCGGCUGGUUCUCACCGGGGGCUUGAAGCUCAUCCAUCCCCCAACAGCAAUGCAGCAGUUCGAGUCCUCAUGAUGAAAGACUAUAAGGAGUCGGAGGCGGGUUGGUUUGGUGUUUGAUGAUUCUCUUGUUCAGCAUCAGCAUUCAUUCGCAUUUGAGUUUGACAUCGUCGCCCUCGUGCUUUGUUCUCGAGUUUUGUGGGAAUAUCCAAACAAGGGUUCAACAAAGCACACAAUUUGGCUGUUGGAUGUCAGCAUAAGCAUUGAAAUCUCUUGAUUCAAGACAGUUCAAGCCUUUCAGUUAUAUAUAGUACUUUCUACUAGGAAGUACUUUCUACGUCUUCUCUUGACUUUUCUCUCUCUCUAUUGUUUUAUAUUCUUUUUCCCUCCCUCUAUUCCUCUGUCUAUCCCUUAUUCCUGAAACUCAAGCAAAAGACACCAAUACCACACAGCACAGUCCCUUACAAGAUGCAUUCCACCACAAGUCCCAUGAGCCUUCGCUCACUCGCUGUUGUCUUUGCCCUCCUACCCGCAAUCGCCCUUGCCCACCCCACCGCAACGCCUACUCCCACAAACACAGCUUCGCCUGCACCCAGCUCCAGCGCGCCAGCCAGCACGGCAGCGACGACAUCAACAUUAUCUGUCUCGUCCACCAUCACCGGCACGCCGGCAUACUGCACGACGGCGCCACCGCAGCCCAAGUUCGACAUCCCAACUGGCACCACCCGGCCCGUUCCGCCUCUGCCCUGCACCGGCGCCUACGAUGCGGAAAAGGGCCUGUGCUGCAAGUCCACCGACCCCAACUGCAGCGGCGGCGGCGUCGAGUGGCAGCUGCCCCUGGCGCCCUGCGUGACCUUGAACCCGCUUUACAGGGGCUGCCCGGGCAACAUGCUCAACAACGUGUGCUGCGAGAGCGCACGUGUCGCCUUUGUCGACGGGAAGGUCAGCUGCGAGAACGGGAGGAGUCUGUUCAUGGUCAUGACGAGCGCCGACAAGACUGUCACCAGCUCCUUUGGCCCGGCAAUCACCACCCCCGGGCCGAGCUCCUCUCAGACUCCCCCCAGCGCGAACCCGGGCUCGGGGACGAUCCAGACCACCACCAAGACAGGUGGCGCUCGUAUGCCGGCGCCGACGGGAGCGGCACCUGUUGCUGCCAUCCUCGGCAUGCUCGGGGCUGUGGCUGCUUUGUAAGGAUGGAUGGACUACCUUGAUCAGUUUACAAUGUGUUUUCUUUUUCUACAAUACCCCUUUUGCAGCGAAUGAACGGAUGCUUGCGUUUCUGAAGCAUAGCGACGCGUGUUUCAUUUUUGUAUCUUCAUUUCUUUUCCUUUGUCUGGAGUGCCUUUUUUAUAUUUGGGCGUUUUGUCAGGCUAUAAGGCGUCGGGCCAUAGUGAUGCUUGAUGGCCCGAAAUUGCUUUGUUUUCAACUUUUUGAUACCAGAAAAUGAAAAGAUUUCUCUGCGUUCCAUCUCCUUGGUCAACAAACUGCUUGCAGCUCAUAAUAGAAAUCCCCUGGUUGGUAGAGUCUUGGAAGAGUUUGCGGUUAUUUUCCUGUUCCCCU